UGGCGAUCCUCUUUUUAGGUAGUACUUACAUCUCCAGUUCCUGAGUGAAUAAUUCAAUGCAAGAUCAAAAAAAUGCUAUCCGGUCCCUUGCUUGCUGGUCGUGGGGAACGGCAUUUAUCUUCCGAAGGUCUCAAUCCGGAGACCAUAGCAGCUGGGACGAGAUCCUUAUCCCUUCUUUAAGAACAUCCUUAGUGUAGUCGUCAUGUUUUGUGCUACUUGCCUUAUUUUUUUUUGGCUCGGUACCACUAGACUCUUUGAAGAUGGUGACUGUGACUUAAUAUGUUUCCUCUAACCCUUUCGGCAGAUGACCGCGCAGGCAGACGACCGCAUGAAAAUAGCAGCAUACAUUGUCGAGGUGGGCAAAGUGUUGUCCUUCGAAUCUGUAGGUUCUCAGAGACCUCGUCACAUAUUCGACCUGUGGAAAAGUGGAGUCAAAAAAUCUUAAGGACGUAAUGGUGAAGAUGCAUGGUUGGAUUGGGAAAAAGAUAGAUUCUAUUAUAGAUUUACGUAAAUUUGUUGAAACUUGUGAAUGGGAAGCUCUAAAGAAGCAGAGGACGAGAACGAGGAAGCGGUUCUACAAGAGAGAAAGUAGCAAGAAGUACAGAUGAAGCAGCAGUUGCCGUGGUUGAAGAUUGCGUGGUCGAAGAUUACUCCUGCUCGCCGUCGUCAUCAUCAACGUCAAGAGAGCACCACCAACACGACAAUAUCAACGUGGAAUGCACUUCGUCGUCAUCCUCGCCGCCAACGAAUCCCCACUGCAGCCAUGAUAGAAGAGAUACUGCGAGUUGUCUCCCAACGAGAGCCCAAUGCCAUACUAAGACAACUGCGAGAAGUCUCCGUGAUGCCAGC